AUGCCGACCUCAAAGUAUGAUGGCACUUCUGACCCGGAUGAUCAUGUGGCGGCCUAUGAAGGUCAUAUGUUCCUCUACAUGCAGCUGUCAUCCACAUUUAGUACUCAUUUCGUAAGCAAUAGGCACCGUGAGCGCACCACUGGAGAGUUGUUGUCAGUCAAGCAAGGCAAGAAUGAAAGCCUAAGGGAUUAUAUCGGUCGUUUCAAUGUCGAAGCGGUCUCCAUUCCCAUAUUACAGCAAGAUGUAGCUGUGUUGGCACUGAUGACAGGACUUAAAGAAGGAUCCCCAUUUCGGGAUUAUCUUAGCCGCAAUUCCUAUACGUCUCUGGGACCAGUUCUUGGCAAAGCAAAUGACUACGUCAGAGGUGAAGAGUUUGAUAAGGCGGUGGGUAACCGCGAGCCUGAGAAGAAAAAAGAAGACCAGUAG